CGGGCAUCUGCUGCGUGUCCCUCUCCCAGCUCAGCGGUCCCGCUGCCGCCGGCGCUGCCUCGAUGUUCCAGCUGCCCAUCUUGAAUUUCAGCCCCCAGCAAGUGGCGGGGGUAUGCGAGACUCUGGAGGAGAGUGGCGACGUAGAGCGCCUGGGUCGCUUCCUCUGGUCGCUGCCCGUGGCCCCGGCGGCCUGCGAGGCCCUCAACAAGAAUGAAUCGGUGCUGCGCGCGCGAGCCAUCGUGGCCUUUCAUGGUGGCAACUACCGAGAGCUCUACCAUAUCCUGGAAAACCACAAGUUCACCAAGGAGUCGCACUCCAAGCUACAGGCUCUGUGGCUCGAAGCGCAUUAUCAGGAGGCUGAGAAGCUGCGUGGACGGCCCCUGGGGCCAGUGGACAAGUACCGCGUGAGGAAGAAGUUCCCGCUGCCGCGCACCAUUUGGGACGGCGAACAGAAGACCCACUGCUUCAAGGAGCGCACGCGACAUCUGCUACGGGAAUGGUACCUGCAGGACCCGUACCCUAACCCCAGCAAAAAGCGUGAGCUCGCCCAGGCAACUGGACUGACCCCUACACAGGUGGGCAACUGGUUCAAAAACCGCCGACAAAGGGACCGGGCUGCUGCCGCAAAGAACAGACUCCAGCAGCAAGUCUUGUCGCAGGGCUCCGGGAGGGCGCUAAGAGCCGAGGAAGAGGGUGCGCCCGAGGUGCUGGGCGCCGCCGCCAGCCCGGCAGCCAGCCUAUCCAGCAAGGCAGCCACUUCGGCCAUCUCCAUCACGUCCAGUGACAGCGAGUGCGACAUCUGAGCUGCCCACCCAGCACGCUCAGAAACAGAAUACAGUGUACAAAACGAGACAAGCAAAAUGAAGGAAGGAGGGAAGAUGAGAGACCAAGCAAAUUCAGCGCGUGCAAAGCUGGUGGCCAGGGACUCGGGGUGAGAAACCUGCGAUCUCGUGCUGCAGAGUCCACCCCAUGGCCUGCAGGGCUCCACUGGCUCCCUCCGGCCGCUACUACAGCGGCCCGACCCAGCGCCACGUUCUUCUUGCUUUGCUUCUUCCCAAGGAUUUUGCUGCAAAGACGCCUCGGAACCCGAACUGCACGCUGAGUGCCUGCCCUGAAUCUCCCGUGGGUAUUUCACGUCGAAAGGACGCUGUUAUAUAUGUAUCUUUUGCUUUAAAGUUUUUUAAACAAAACAUAUAUAUGCUGUUUAUUUACUUAUUUAAGAGACUGCCGUGGUAGGUUUUUCUGUAUCUUGGAAACUUGCUGUUUCUAAAGGCACAGGGUGGAGCCAAGGGGUUCUGUAUGAAGAAGCCAAACAAUAAAAACCUAGUGAGCAAUCUUUCUUAAUUAA